AUGGCGAACUGGUACGGCAGCACAGAGCCUGUGGGUAAAGCGGAGCAGUCAGGAUGGUGGCGUGCCUUUGCAUCCGGGUGCAGCAACUUUUCUAUCCAGUACAAUUACCAAUGUGCAAGUAUUGCUUUGGCGGUGAUGUCUACACACAAUGACCUCUAUGUGCAAGAUCCACUGGGAGCGGACUAUCCGCGACCUCCCUGGGUCUCUCGAUCUCUGCUGGCCUUGGUCUUCGUGGGCUCCAUGGCAGGAAUGAUGUGCUUCGGAUACCUGGGAGAUCUCCUCGGCCACCGGCGAGCGCUUCAGGGCACCAAGGGCCUGGUGGUGCUGGGGGCCUUGCUGUGUUCCAUGCUGCCGGAAGAUUCUGGAGAUGAGUUCUGGCAUAGACUGGCCAUUGGUCGAUUCCUGGUGGGAGUGGGCCUUGGGGGUGCCUACCCCUUGAGCGCUGCUUGUGCGGGUGCCUCUGGUACCUCAUCGGAGGUGGGUCAGGCGUUCUUCUGGCAGACCCCCGGUGGUGUAGCCCCAUACCUCGUCACGCUCCUCCUGCUGCACGUCAUGCCCGGAGACACCUCCUGGCAGUUCCGGCUGGUGCUCGGUUUGGGGGCUCUGCCGGCCUUCCUGGCUCUUGCAGCCUCCUGGCGGGAGGAGUCAGCGCCUCCAGUGCAUGCAGCAGGAGACCUGCGCCAGGCGCUGCAGAGCCACCAACGAAUACUUGUCGGCACGGCUGGGACCUGGUUCCUAUUUGAUGUCGCUGCUUACGGCACCGUCAUCUUCACCCCUCGCAUCCUCAAUCAUGUCUUCGGUGAAAGCCAGUCGCUCACGCAGAUGGCUCUCCAUUCUGUCAUGAUGCUUUCUUUUGCCGUCCCGGCCACUUUCCUCGCGGUUGCAGUGCUGCCUCGCGUGGGCGCACGGACGCUGAAUGCGCUUGGGCUGGCCAUCAUCUCCGUCUGCUUUGCUGUUUUUGCUGCCGUGUCGGCUGUGUUUCCAGAUGCGCACAAGGUCCUUUUCGCUGUUCUUUGUGCUCUCUACUUUGGCCUGAAUUUUGGGCCCAGCGUCGCCACCUUCGUGCUUCCGGUCGAGCUAGCGCCUCCGGAGUUGCGAAGCACCUUCCACGGCCUCUCGGCUGCUGCUGGGAAGUGCGGAGCACUUGUCGGAGCUCUGCUUUUCCCGCUGCUGGACGAGACCUACGGGGUGCCCGCAGUGAUGCUGGCGCAGGCAUUUGUUUGCGCUUUCGGUGCUCUUCUGAGUCAUGUCUGCCUGGGUGAGAGUUUGUCGAUACAGGAGGCACGGUGA